UCUUGUCUCAGCCACUUCUCUCUCAUCCCAUCUUAGAGGAGAAUCUCACGUGGCUCAGAAAGAGGACAGAGACGAGAGGGUAGUGACGGGAAAGUUCCAUGAGACUCUCAGAAGUCCCCGCCUGAAUAUCAAACCUGAAUAACCAGGAGAGAUGUGACCUCGGCAAACUCUCAGUCUCCUCUUGCCCACGCUGCAGGUUUUUCAGGUCCUUGCUUGAGCGUGCACUCACAGGCGUGCUAUCGGCAGCCUGCGUCAGCCAGCCUGGUAUUUAAGCAAGCUGGCAUCAGCAAACGCAGCUUCCCAACCCAGAGCUUGCCCUGCCUCCUCUACAUCCGAGGGCGGGGAGCUUGCACAGUCAUCUUUCCGGACACCAUCCCGGACCCGCAGCUGAAGUUGCCGUUCAGAGUCUCGGGGAACCCGGGAGGCUGGAGGGCGCAGCCGCUCGCCGCGCCGGGACCAUGUCGGCCGAGCCCGCGAGCGGCCCCACGCAGGACCAGCUGGAGAUCCUGGAGUACAACUUCAGCAAGGUGGACAAGCACCCGGACCCCACCACGCUGUGCCUGAUCGCCGCCGAGGCCGGCCUGUCGGAGGAGGAGACGCAGAAAUGGUUUAAGCAGCGGCUGGCCCAGUGGCGGCGCUCAGAAGGCCUGCCCUCAGAGUGCAGGUCCGUCACAGACUAAAGAGAUGGCGUACAGCUACAGCGUGGACCCAUGAGGACCAUCUCCUGUUCCUUCAGUUUAACCAAGCUGCUGUGGUUUUCCAGUGUAGAAUCGUUGUUCUGUUGUUAGCUGUCCUGCUAUUUAACACAACGUGAUAUUUUUUUAAUGUACAUAUAACCAGGAAAGAAAGUAACAAUAGGAAGCUAUGAGCAAUUUCUGUGUAAAGUGAUGUCUUGGCUGGAAGAGGGUUGUGGCUUGAAUUUCUCUUUUGGUCAUGAUGAAAGAAGGUCUAAAAAUCAUCUGAGUUUGCUUCUGACCAUCACCUCCCAGUAAACAAUUUAUUCUCAUGAUUCAUUUCUGAGCAAUCCAGGCCUUUGUUGGAAGGACAGUCUGAUGGAGAGGGGAGAGCAUUUCCUUAUGAAUCUCCUUCCCUAGGUCCUUUUCCUCUUUCAUGUAAUACAAUGAUGGUGAGUGAGAACACAGAUGGGUAUUUGAGUCAUUUCAAAUUUCAUAAAGCAGUUCUUUGGCUCAUAGCUGCAAAACUUGAAUAGAACCCAGUUAGGCUAGAUGACAGAAAUUCCAACUGGCAAAAAAGCAAGUAAACUAAGAAAAAAAAUCCACCAACAUCCUCAAACUUACCUUAUUUAAAUGCAAUUGGUUAAAUGUAUUCUGCUAAAUAAACUGAACUGAUUUUUGGCUCUCAGAUGAUAUUCUAAAUAAAACUUUAACUUUUUGUUGAAAAUGCA